AUGGUGAAUUCGAGCAUUUUCUACACACAUGACCAAGAUGGUAAGACACCUGUUCACGUAGCUGCCAUAAAUGGUCAAAUUGACGUACUUGAGGUUGUUCUUAAUGUAGAGCUAGAAGCUGCUCGAGAGCGAACAAUGGGUGGUGAAAGUGUGUUGCAUUUGUGUGUGAAACAUAAACAACCAAAGGCUUUGAGGUUUUUGGUAAAAAGGAUGGAUGAUGGUGAGUUGCUUAACCUCGAUGAUGCCCUUGGCAAUACCGUCUUGCACCUAGCUGUGGCUGCCAAACAACCAGAGAUGGUAGAAUUUAUAAUAGUACAUCCAAAGAUUAAAAAGAAUGCGGUUAACAAAAAUGGAUUGACAGUUGUGGAUACUCAUAAGCAAAGUCGGAAGGAUUUGAUACAAGAUAAAAAGAUAUGGAAACUCCUUAAUCGUGCCAAUGCGUUACCUGCAAAGGAAGCACUGAUAACGAAAAAAGACCGUGCUUGGUUGGAGGAACAUCGCACAGCUCUAAUGGUGGCGGCAUCCUUGAUCGCAACUGUUAUAAACGGAACUGCGGGAACAAAAACAGUAAGAACAAAGUUACCGAAAAAUAGACUGAGUCGCGGACUAUGUCGCUUUCUUUAG